UAGAUCUGUGGUGUACAAAAAGGAUGUAGAAACACAAAGUUUGCUUCCAAAAGAAUAUACAAAUGUAAAAAAAAAUCAAUACAGACAUGAUCCUGAUUGUUGCAAGAAAAAGGGGAAAAAGGCAACCUGGCAGGUUGAGAAAGAGCCUCCAUCAUAUUUUUAAGUCCUUGUCAUUUGAAGCUGCAGAACGUCCCCUAAGGUUCAUUUUACAAUUGACUCCAAUUAUAACCCAGUUCAACAUGACCAGGGCUAUGUUUGAGAAGCAUUUGCUGCCACUUCUUCAGUUCUCACAGCUUGGAUGUUCUCUAGCUGUGCACAUUGACCCCCCCUCUCUCUGAUAUAUUGUUUUAUUUCAAUCCAAAUCAACGGGGAGGCAGUGAGGAAAGAAAGAGGUUGGCACUGACUUUGCUCCCGGUCUACUCAGAAGUAACUCACACUCCUUCGGUGGAAUAGGAGCCGCUUUCGACUUGAAGUAGGGACUUUGAAUCGUGCUUUUAGAAAAACCCUUCGCCUCGACUUGUGCUUUUGGAAAGGUAACCUUUCCCCACUCUUUGAGAGAGAGACAAUAUAUGUUUUAAUUCGGAAGCUGGGGAGAUUUAUGCCCAGGUCCCAAGCGCCAGUCUCCUCCUCCUCUUCCUCCUCCUCGUAAAACGCCUCCGACCAAGAAAAGAGGGAGUGGGUGAGGUCUGAAGACAGAGCCGAUCUCGCCGAGAGAUUCCUCGGGAAACGAAGCAGUCUUUCGGGCUGGAAAGUCCCAGAAGGUGCGCUCUCUCUUUCUCUCUUUGCGGGGAGGAAAACCCCGGCUUUCUUCGGCUUCUGUUUGGACCCCCGAAGCCUCCCUUUCCUGCGGAUGGUGAGCCGAAGGAAGAGAGAAGACGCGUCUCCUCAACAUCAAGACAAGACUUUGGACACCUUUUCUCCCCUUGAUUGAGGGGAAAGAAACGCCUCUCCUCCCUUUGCAAAGACAAGAGACUCCUCUCUCUCUCCCUUCCCUCCUCUCUGCCCAAAGUGCCCAAACCUUUUGAGUCUUUGGAGAGGCGUUGUUGGGGUUUCUUCUCCUCCUCCUCCCAAUUCCCUCUUCCCUCCCUGGGCUCCUGGAAAGGCUUUUCCUCCCUUUUUGGGGCUCGGCUCGGCAUGGAGGUGAGCGCGGAGCAGCCCCGCUGGGUGAGCCACCACCACGCCGCCGUGCUCAACGGGCAGCACCCGGAGGCCCACCACCCGGGCCUGGGCCACUCCUACAUGGACCCCUCGCAGUACCCGCUGCCCGACGAAGUGGAUGUACUUUUCAACAUCGACGGGCAAGGCAACCACGUCCCGCCCUACUACAGCAACUCCGUCCGCGCCACCGUCCAGAGGUAUCCGCCUGCCCAUCACGCAGGUGGCCAGGUGUGCCGCCCACCCUUGCUGCACAGUUCUCUCCCUUGGCUGGAUGGGAGCAAAGCCCUGGGAAGCCACCACCACGGCACCUCCCCAUGGAACCUGAGCCCCUUUUCCAAGACCCCUAUUCAUCAUGGCUCACCUGGACCCCUCUCCGUCUACCCUCCGGCUUCCUCCUCCUCUUUGUCGGCGGGCCACUCCAGCCCACAUCUCUUCACCUUCCCGCCGACCCCUCCCAAAGAUGUCUCCCCGGAUCCCUCCAUCUCCACUCCGGGUUCCACGGGAUCCAGUCGGCAAGAGGAGAAGGAGUGCAUAAAGUACCAGGUGUCUUUGGCCGACACCAUGAAGCUGGAGUCUUCUCAUUCCCGGAGCAGCAUGGCUUCGCUAGGAGCGGCCUCUUCCUCGGCUCAUCACCCCAUCACCACCUACCCAUCCUACGUUCCUGAAUAUGGCUCUGGACUUUUCCCCCCUAGCAGCCUCCUAGGGGGAUCGCCGACCGGCUUCGGGUGCAAAUCCAGACCCAAAGCGCGUUCCAGCACAGGUGAUCAUGUUGCUUGGAGCAUUCCGGGAUUUGUAGUUCCUAAAGAAGGCAGGGAGUGUGUAAACUGUGGCGCUACCUCGACCCCGCUAUGGCGGAGAGAUGGCACUGGGCAUUAUCUCUGUAACGCCUGUGGACUGUAUCAUAAAAUGAACGGGCAGAACCGCCCCCUGAUAAAACCCAAGAGAAGGCUGUCAGCUGCAAGAAGGGCAGGGACAUCAUGCGCAAACUGCCAGACCACCACCACGACCCUAUGGCGGAGGAACGCCAAUGGCGACCCAGUGUGCAAUGCCUGUGGGCUGUACUACAAGCUCCACAAUAUUAACAGACCCCUGACUAUGAAGAAGGAAGGCAUCCAGACCCGAAACCGAAAAAUGUCUAGCAAGUCGAAAAAGUGCAAAAAGGUCCACGACAGCUUGGACGAUUUCCCCAAGAGCAGCUCCUUCAACCCGGCCGCCCUCUCGAGACACAUGUCCUCCAUCAGCCACAUUUCGCCCUUCAGCCAUUCGGGUCACAUGCUCACCACGCCGACCCCGAUGCACCCGCCUUCCAGCCUGUCGUUCGGACCUCACCAUCCGUCCAGUAUGGUCACCGCCAUGGGCUAAGCGUGCGCCCGGGAGAGAGAGAAAAAGAAAGAAAGAAAGAGACUUCCCCGCUCGACUUGCUUUUCUUUAAAGUUCUCAAAAGGAGAGGUAUGGUUUUUGAUAGACUUGCCUUUGUUGCUGGCGAGAGCAUCUUUGGAACUUUCAAAGCCCUUGGGAAAUGGAUGCAGAGAAAUAAUAAUAAUAAUAAUCAACCAAGGAAGAGUAAAAAAGGAACAAAAAGGAGAAAAUGUUAAAGGUGAAGUCAUUCAAAUGAACUAUCUCAAGGAAAGGCGACUGUUUGCUGUACUCUCAAAGGUCUAUGUGUUCUUCCCACCACCAAUUUGGGAUCCCAUUUGUGAAUAAACCAUCCCGACACAAAGUCACUCUUGAACUGGGUUUCUAGUGCUGUGAAGAUGAUACAAUCAGACACCCUGACAUCCUUGUUUCCCCCCCGAAACCCCCAGUCCCAAGCAGGUCGAUGCAGAACACUGUAUAACUUAUAUUGUAAGUAAUCAUGUACAUUUUUGGAGAAGACUUUGACAUCUGGUUCACUGUAUAAAAAUAGAAAGAAAGAAGGAAAGAAAGAAAGAGCUCGGAGGUUUUGGUCAAAGCACCACAAACGAAAUACUGAGAUGAACAAUCCAUGGUACGAUCCAAGAGGAAUGAGGUCAAACCGGCAAAUGGACAAACUGCCAGUUGUGGGUUUUUGGUUUUUAUUUUAUUUUGUUUUGCUUCUCUCUCUUUCUCUUUCUCUCUUUCUCCACUUACUGGCUCAAGUUGUUUUGAUGCAUUAAAAAUAAAUUAAUCCAAGUAGUAGGCAAAUCAUUCAUUCCAGGUUAUGGGCCUCUGAAUUAAGGGGGAUCUUUUGGAACGGUUUCGGGGCAAUUGAUGUGACAUUCUGCUUCUUGCCACGAUGAGUUUGUCCGGGCCUUUACGCAUUGUGAACAAGUUCUUGUAAUUGUUGUUUGUAUGUAUAACUCAAAGCACCAAAAUAAGACAAGAUGUAGAUUUAUUUCAUCCUAUGAUACAGACUGAAUGGUUGUAAAAAAUUUACUUACGGCUAGUGUUAAGAACUGCGGUUUUGGUUUUGUUUUCAUAUUUUUCCUCCUUUUUUUUGGAGAAUAAACUAGAUUAAAUUCUGUUGA